AUGGCCCAAGCCCCUCCGCCCACUGUCAUCGCCCAAAAACAAUCCUUCCUAGCCACCCAGGCUCGUCUCCUCUCCCAACCCCUGCACCCAUCGCGCACCUGGCUCGCUGCGAACGAGGCCGCCGAGGCCCCCAUCCCGGACCCGGUUGUCGAGCACGUCGCCGUCCGCCUCAACGCGGCCUUACUGCAGCAUUCGCGACGCGCCUACUCUCACCAAGCGAGUCGUCACGUCGCCGAGCAGAUCGACGCGUUGUAUCUUUCUCAACUGUCAGCGGCACAAAAUGACUCCGCUGAGGGUCUCUCUCUCUCCUUGGACCUGUCUGAAGAGAAUGCCGUUAGGUUGCUUCCCUUGACAUGGCCAGCCGAGCGUGAUGCGACUACCUUUCCUAUGGAAGUCAAACGGUACGCCGAACUCGCUGGCCGCCUAAAGACGCUCGCCGAGCAGAGGCAGCGGGUCAAAGCCCGUGUUGAGCGGCUACGGCGCAUGAAGGCCCUACUUGAUCCCUUCCGCAUCGAAGAUGCCGGCGCGGGUGUACAGGAGAACCUUGUUACCCGCGAUGGCGAGGUAGAAAAAGAGAUGGAAAAGAUGCGCGUCCUGCUGGCCCGUGUAGGUGGUCGUGUGGGCCUUUUGCCUGAGUCCACCGAGUCUACGAACCAACGAAAAGAGGCCGACUCUUUGAUCGUAGAGCCUGUCGCCACGGGAGAGAAGCGCAAACUAGACGAUCUUCUCGAUAGUUUCUGA